CUCUUAUAAAAUGUGUGCCACAAACACUGAAACACUUGGUGAAGCUCAUCUUACAUAUCGUCCCCGCCUUUACACAUCAUUGGCUAGUCCACCAUGGAAGCUACACAACCACCACCACCCCCACAUUGCCAUUUUACCCACGACAGGGAUGGGUCACCUCAUCCCAAUCACUGAGUUCGCCGAGCUACUCGUCCUCCACCACAACUUCCAUGUCACCUUAAUCAUUCCCGCCGAUGGUACACCCAUGGAAGCCCAAAAAUCAGUCCUUGAAUCCUUACCCAAAAGUAUAAAUUCUGUUUUUCUUCCUGUGAGCUUUGAAGACCUCCCUGAGGAUGCAAAGAUUGAAACUCGUGUCGCACUCAGCGUGACUAGGUCUCUCCCGGCUCUCCGCGAUACCUUAAAGGUGUUAAGCAAGUCAACUCGUCUCUGCGCCUAGUGGUCGAUCUUUUUGGCGUUUUCACAUUUGAAGUGGCAAAAGAAUUGGGUAUUUCGCCAUACAUGUUCUUCCCUACAACCGCCAUGGUUUUGUCCAUGGUCUUGAAUUUGCCAAAGCUUGAUCAAGCUAUUGCUGGUGAGUAUAAAAAUUUACCUGAACCGGUUAGAUUACCGGGGUGUGUCCCGCUUCAUGGGGAAGACCUAGCGGAUCCGUUUCAAGAUAGGAAGAAUGGGGCUUACAGAUUGGUGCUUGACAUGUCUAAAUUGUACAAUUUAGCUGAGGGUAUCAUGGUUAAUAGCUUCUUGGACUUGGAACCAGGUGCUUUUAAGGUUUUGAAGGAAGAGGGGUGGUGUAAACCGCCGGUUUACCCGGUUGGACCAUUGAUACAGAUGGGUUCAAUAAGUGUAGGUGAUGGGUCAGACUGUUUGAGGUGGCUAGAUAAGCAACCAAUUGGUUCAGUGCUCUUUGUAUCAUUUGGGAGUGGUGGGACUUUAUCCCAUGAGCAGCUCAAUGAAUUGGCCUUGGGAUUGGAAAUGAGUGGACAUAGAUUUCUUUGGGUAGUCAGGAGCCCCCCACAUGAUAAGUCUGCAAAUGCGUCUUACUUUGGUGCCCGGUCCAUUAAUGACCCUUUUGAUUUCUUACCAAGUGGGUUCUUGGAGAGGACCAAGGGGGUGGGUCUGGUGGUGCCAUCAUGGGCUCCCCAGGUUCAAGUCUUGAGCCAUGGCUCGACCGGGGGAUUCCUGAGCCAUUGUGGGUGGAACUCAAUCCUAGAGAGCAUAGUGUAUGGGGUACCCUUAAUUGCAUGGCCACUCCAUGCCGAACAAAGGACGAAUGCUGCAUUACUGACUGAUUAUUUAAAGGUUGCGUUAAGGGUUAAGCCGAACGAAAAUGGCAUAGUAGAGAGAGGCCAAAUUGCAAAGUAUGCCCAAAGGCCUAUUUGAGGGAGAAGAUGGGAAAGAAAUUCGAAGCAGGAUGGGAAAUCUUAAGGAUGCUGCUGCAAUGGUUUUGAGCCAAGAAGGGUCAUCCACCAAGUCAGUUGCUGAAGUGGCUCAAAAAUUGAUGAACCAUAAAAUCUUUAGCAAGUGAAUGCAGUUUACAAAGUAUGUAGAAUAAAUUUCAUGAAUAAGCAUGUUUACUAAAAUUAUAUUUAUGUAAGAGUAUUUUGAGGAUUGCAUUUAAGCAUUAACCAUUGAAUUGUAACCAAAUUAUCAGAAAAUUUUUAAUUUUUAG